AUGAUUGAUAAAAUUAAUGAAACUAUUAACAAAAUCGGUCAGCAAAUUGAUUUACAAUUAUCACUAGCGUUGUUUUUCUUUUAUCUUCAUUCAAUACAGAUGAUUACAGUAUGUUUCUCUAUCGGUUGCUUAUUCAGUAAAUAUCUCAAAACCUUGUCA